UCAGCGCGCGCACCGCCUGCCCCGGAAGCGCUUGGCGCUUGGCGCGGCUGGGCAGUAAGAUGGCGGCGGCGUGAGUUGCAUGUUGUGUGAGGAUUCCGGGGCCGCCGCGUCGCUCGGGCCCCGCCAUGGCCGUCACCAUCACUCUUAAAACGCUGCAGCAGCAGACCUUCAAGAUCCGCAUGGAGCCUGACGAGACGGUGAAGGUGCUGAAGGAGAAGAUAGAAGCUGAGAAGGGCCGUGAUGCUUUCCCAGUGGCUGGACAGAAACUCAUCUAUGCUGGCAAAAUCCUGAGUGAUGAUGUCCCCAUCAGGGACUACCGCAUUGAUGAGAAGAACUUUGUGGUUGUCAUGGUGACCAAGGCCAAAGCUGGUCAGGGUACCUCAGCACCCCCAGAGGUCUCACCCACUGCUGUCCCAGAGUCCUCCAUACCCUUCCCACCAGCGCCCGCCUCAGGCAUGUCCCAUCCCCCACCUACCACCAGAGAGGACAAGAGCCCAUCGGAGGAGUCAGCCCCCACGACGUCCCCAGAGUCUGUGUCAGGCUCUGUUCCCUCUUCAGGUAGCAGCGGGCGAGAGGAAGACGCGGCGUCCACGCUAGUAACCGGCUCUGAAUAUGAGACGAUGUUGACAGAGAUCAUGUCCAUGGGCUAUGAGCGGGAACGGGUCGUGGCUGCCUUGAGAGCCAGCUACAACAACCCCCACCGAGCUGUGGAGUAUCUGCUCACGGGAAUUCCGGGGAGCCCUGAGCCAGAACAUGGUUCUGUCCAGGAAAGCCAGGUGUCUGAGCAGCCAGCCACAGAAGCAGCAGGAGAGAACCCUCUGGAGUUCCUGCGAGACCAGCCCCAGUUUCAGAACAUGAGGCAGGUGAUUCAGCAGAACCCAGCAUUGCUGCCUGCCCUGCUCCAGCAGCUGGGCCAGGAGAACCCUCAACUUUUGCAGCAAAUCAGCAGACACCAGGAGCAGUUCAUCCAGAUGUUGAAUGAACCCCCUGGUGAGCUGGCAGACAUCUCAGACGUGGAGGGGGAGGUGGGUGCCAUAGGCGAGGAGGCCCCACAGAUGAACUAUAUCCAGGUGACGCCGCAGGAGAAGGAAGCUAUAGAGAGGUUGAAGGCCCUGGGCUUCCCAGAGAGUCUGGUGAUCCAGGCCUACUUCGCAUGUGAAAAAAACGAGAACUUGGCUGCCAACUUUCUCCUGAGUCAGAACUUUGAUGACGAGUGAUGCUGGGAGGCCAGGCCGCCCACCGUCCCCACCCCACCCCACCUCCACAAAAGUUUUAUAAAAGAAAAAAGUAUAUAUAUAUUCAUGUUUAUUUAAGAAGUGGAAAAAAAUCAAAAACCUUGAAAAAAAAAAAAAAAAGAAAACCAAAAAACAAAGCCUAGCUUCCCACCCUCCUAAAGUGGCCCUCAUUCCCAUCCUAAGAAGACCCAGGCCAGACAGCUGUCCCCCAUCCUCCUUUUCUGCCCAGCCUGCUCAAAAGUUGCUGGCAGGACCAGGAGGCGACAGAUGGGCCCCUCUUGGCCUCUGUCCCAGCUCCCUGCAGCCAGAUGGAGAGGCGGCUGCUUGCUUCCCCAUCCCCCGAAGCGCCCCUGAGGACCCUCCCACCCCUCCCUCUUCCAGGAUGAGGGGAAGCUGGAGCCCCAAACUUUGAUCCUCCAUUGGAGUGGCCUAAAUCUUUCCAUCUGGGGUGAGCCCCGAGAGGCCCGAGGCCCCCUUCCCAGUCUGGCCUUGGCCUCCAGCCUGCAGAAGAGCUAACAGCCCUGGAGGUCAAGGCCACCCCAACCUCAGAACAGAACCGUGUCUCUGAUAAAGGUUUUGAAGUGAAUAAAGUUUUAAAAACCA